CAAGAACGACUUUGAGUUCUUGACUAUCUGCAUUCAUUUCUCCUGUUUCUCUGGAAAUGGUCUUGGUAUCAUAUUAAGGAGUAAAGCAUUCCAUACUUGAUCAGGAUCAAGCAGCACCCUACCUCCUCUUUACAAAUCUCCUAUUUAUCAAAGGUAUCGAACGGCAAAACCUUACAUCUUCAUUCGAUCAGACCUUCUAUUUAAAUUUUCAUGAUCAACAGCAGAACGUCAAGCUCUCAAAAUACACCUUGAUCAUCUUCAAUCAUCAAAAUACCUCAAGAUGAGUGGUAGCACGCCAAUAGGUCUCGGUGUCAGCGCUGCUUCAUCGGCUUCUUCACUGGCUGCUCCUGAUCAAAUCGCAUCGGGAUUCAGCCUGAGCCCUGGCGCAACAUCCGAUUUGAGCAAUGAAGCUGCCGCAGGACACGCUUUCAGCAAUACAUCUUCUUCCAACGGCGGUCCUCUGUUCGCACCUCUACGUCAUUCAUCUCCUCCUCAAUCAUCGCCUGCAACGAUUCAAGGUUCCACAAAUAACGCAUCUACUCAAUCACCUUCGACCAGAAUUGUUGGAGGAUUUGAUGGCUCAUUGAUGGACUCAAAUUCAACUGACAAUACAACAGCUGAUACUUCAUCACCAAGCGGACAUGUUUCAAGACCUUCAAACGCAUCAACGGUAAACGUUCCUACGGCAGGUGCAGGGCCAAUAUCUGCACCAUCGUCCAAUACAAGCUUCAAUGUAAACGUCCCUUCUCCGUUCAUCAAUGCUAGCUCGAAUACAGCUGCAACUCCAAUCGAUGAGGUAAUUCCAACUACCUUUGACGAAAGCACACUUCGGGCAUUGUGUGAAUUGGAUUGUGGUAUGCCAUUACUGUACGAUCGGAUAAAGCAGUCUAUGGUAGCCGCCAAUCAUGCAUCUGCUUUUUUCAAGAAGCGUGCAGUGAUUGAAGAGGAGUACGGAAGGAGUAUGCUCAAAUUGGCAAAAGCUACAGGAGAUGCAUAUGGAGCAAGCGAAGCAAAAGCAGGCUCCUACGUGUCAUCUUGGCAAUCCUUGAUGCGGACACACGAGGUGUUGGGCGAUAGUAGAAUCAGAUUUGCGCAAAAGUUGAUAGAGAUAUCGGAUGAAUUGGCAAAUCUUUCAAAAGAAGUAGAUAAGAAUCGAAAGUAUGCAAGAGAUACUGGCAAUCGCCUGGAAAGGAACUUGCUUGACGCUGAGUCAAGUGUGGAAAAAUCCAGAAAUCGCUUUGACUCGGCUGCUGAAGACUUGGAAAGGUUGUUGUUACUCAAAAGCGGAGAAAGUGCAAAAGGUGGGGAAUUGCACGGAACCAGCUCUUCUACCGGACCUCCCGGUAAGCGUACGUUAGGUAAAGCAAUUGGUAAAAGUGGUUUGUUGUUCAAAAACAAGAAUCCUCAACAAAUUCUUCGACAAGAAGAAGAAAUACGCACAAGAACCUCGAAUGCUAGCGACGCUUUUCGCAAAGAAGUUCUUUCGACCCAAGGUGUUCGACAGGAAUACUUUAACUUGCAAUUGCCCAGAAUCUUGCGUUCCCUUAAAGAAAGCUCAGAGGAGAUCGAUAAUGGGCUACAAUACCACCUUUCUCGAUAUGCGUUCCUCUACGAGAGUACAAUUUUGAGUGAUGGAAUGUCUAUCACGCCGGUCAGCAGCAUGGACGGAUCGACAGGCUUAAAGUCUUCGGUUGAAUCCAUCGAUAAUCGAGCAGAUUUCAAGCAAUUCAUGCAAAACUAUCAGGUUCUACAUGGACGAGAGUACAAAGGACCUCGACGUGAAGGACCGUACGAAGAAGGUUUCGUUCCUGCAAACGGAUCUGGAAGUGUUUUGAUGGCGGGUGGAAGCGGAACAGCAUCCGGAUCAACUUUUGGCAGUGUUGGCCGGCCUGGUCAUACAGCCCAAUCCUCCAUGUCUGCACCCGCUCGUCCUAUCUUUGGUGUGCCAUUAGCAGAUCAAAUGAUUCGCGAUAAUGUGGACGUGCCUCCGAUAUUGGAAAAGUGUGCUGAUGCGAUAGAACAGAUUGGUAUAGAGAAUAAGGGAAUAUACAGAUUAUCUGGAACAACCUCAAAAGUACAAAGGCUCAAAGCUAAAUUCGAUGCAGACUGGUCUAGCGUUGAUUUGCUGAAUGAUGAAGCCAUGAAUGAUAUCAAUAUCGUUGCUGGUUGUUUGAAACUUUGGUUCCGCGAAUUACCUGAACCUUUGAUGACAUGGGAAUUGUAUGGAGGAUUUAUUGAAGCGGCAAAGAUUGAAAACGAUCGAUUACGACAUAUCCGGAUGCACGAACGUGUGAAUGAUUUGCCUGAUGCCAAUUAUGCAACCUUGAAAUACCUAAUGGGACAUUUGGAUAAAAUUCGAGCUCAAGAAUCGAUCAAUCAAAUGGGUGCAUCCAAUUUAGCCAUCGUUUUCGGUCCAACUUUGCUCAGUCCGCCUCCGCAAUCACAGGGAACAGGCACUUCUUCUGAUUCUGAUACGAUGGGAAAUUCGGUGGGAAAUGCACAUUUACAAGAUAUGUCUUUCCAAUGCAAAGCUGUAGAAACAAUUUUGGAAAGGUAUGAGGCAAUCUUUGUCGAUGAAGGGGAAUAAUGCUGCGCAUUUCAUUGUAUACCAUUUGGAACUUUAAUCUGUCCAAUCUUACUUUUUUACUUCUUCUCUUUUCUUCCUGUUAUCCUGCCAUUGCGAUACAUUGCUCAAUCCAACCUAUGUGUGCGUGAGAGAAGAAGGAUUCAUCCCCAUUCUAUUGCUUGCCAUCAGAUCUUCUUGCUGACGUAAUACACUGGAUCUUCACGUGUAUCUUUG